GUCACGAAUGAAGUCACAUCCAACGCGGAAGUAGAUGCUAAGUGAGAAGUCGCCCGACCAUCCAGAUCGAAACCGACCGUUCGCCAACAUCUGAAGAGGAACUCACAUAGCUCCAUCAUGCUCGGUGGAGGGUUCAAAUCUGAGAGACUUCGUGUCAAUCUCAGGCUGGUCAUAAACCGUCUUAAACUCCUGGAGAAGAAGAAAACCGAGUUGGCCCAGAAGGCUCGCAAGGAAAUUGCAGACUACUUGUCAGCAGGCAAAGAUGAGCGUGCGAGGAUCCGAGUCGAGCACAUCAUCAGAGAGGAUUAUUUGGUCGAGGCAAUGGAGAUCCUAGAGUUAUACUGUGAUCUGCUGCUCACCCGCUUUGGCCUCAUACAGUCCAUGAAAGAACUGGACCCGGGUCUACAGGAGGCAGUGUCCACACUCAUCUGGGCUGCUCCUCGCCUACAAUCAGAAGUAGCAGAAUUGAAGAUUGUUUCAGACCAGCUCUGUGCCAAAUACAGCAAAGAGUAUGGAAAGCUGUGUAGGACAAACCAGAUUGGAACAGUUAAUGACAGGCUUAUGCACAAGCUGAGCGUGGAGGCUCCUCCCAAGAUUUUGGUGGAACGUUACCUCAUUGAGAUCGCCAAAAACUACAAUGUUCCCUAUGAACCAGAUGCCAUGGUUCGGCCGGAGGUGUGUCCUGGUGAAGAGGCUGAUCUGAUUGAUGUGGACAGCGACUUCAAGAAGCCUGGAGCUGGUGGAGGUGGUGGAGGAGGAGGAGGCUUCACUGCCCCUGCCAUGGGGAUGCCUAUGCCCAUGCCAAUGCCAAUGCCCAUGCCCACAGCUUUCAACUACCCACCUCCCAAAGGAGCUGAGCCCUUUAAUGGUCCCGUUGGCACCUAUGAUGGCUUUAGCAACUUCCAGGCUCCGAUGAGAGGAGGGCAGCCUCCUCAGCUGCCCAGCUGCCCGCCAACCUAUGAGUCUAUCGAUGACUUGUGUAUUAAACCCUCUGAUCCUUCCCAGGUCAUCCCAGGUCCAACUCCAUCUGGUCAGGUCUAUGACAACUCUACCCUUCCCGAACUUCCAUCUGUUCCAGACACACUCCCGGCAUCCUCUUUCGGAGCGAAGGCCAACACCUCAGAAGACAUCGACUUCGACGACCUGUCGCGACGCUUUGAGGAGCUCAAGAAGAAGACUUAAACAGAUCCAGAUCACAUCGGCGAGUCAGAACACCUUGCUCGAACAGUUCAAUUCAUUUUCACAGCUCUUCUCUUCAGGUGAAGGUGUAUUAUAAUAUUAGUUAUUUAACACAAGGAAUGAUGGAGACACUUGUGAAUGGCACUAUCAGAUAUUUCUACAAACUCACCUCAGAUCUUUAGGACUACUGACAGAAAUCUUUUGAAUUCGUGAGCACUUUGCAUAGAGGGACUUGCUGACAGCUAAAUCUAGUUCAUUUAUAGUGACUGCGCAUAUAUCCAUUAUAUAAACUGAUUAUUAUUAUGAAAUGUCUCUUAACUUUACCCAGUUUUAAGAAAAAAAUCUAAAAGAUUUCCCCAAGCAAAUCAGAAAUCUGUUUGACUCCUGUAGGCAAAGCAGGUAGAACCUGUUGGCCAUUAUUUACACCCAGAGUUGUGUAAUGAACUCUUUUGAAUGACUUAAACCUGCGUAAGACCGUAUGAUGUCAUGGAUUAUGUGUUCGUGGAUCGCAGUUGUUUUUCAGAGUGACUCAGCUUUUCUUCUGCUAUGACCGAACACCAUUCAGACGUUACAUUUGAGGCAAUGUGAAGAAUAGUGCUGCAUUUCUCACCUGAACACCAAAGGUUGCUUGUUUCUGAUAUGAGCUGAGCACAGAAUGUCCUCGAAUUAGUUUUUUGUUCUGUUAAUGUGGUGAAGUUUGUGACCAUUUUGAGAAACUCCAGCCGUCAGCCUUCUUCAUUUGAUUCUAACGCGUAGUGUUUGGUCUCCAGUUUCUAGUGUUUUCAGGACUGAGUUUGCCUUAGUUUCUGUCUCUUCCUCCGUGGCCUUGCUCUUCCACUGCUCCCUCUGUCAGCUUGUACACUAGUUCAUUCUUUCGGUGGGGGUUUUAUCAUUUAUUAUCGACUUUGUUUGUUUGUUAGAUUUGACUAUGUAUGAGUCUUAAGUUUGUUUUGAAGAGUAGGGAGGCUUGUAUAGUAGGUUUUAUAUAAGUGGUUUGCUUUAACUUUAUAACACUAUUUUGCUUUUGUUUUUUCGCCCUCAAAUCAUCUGAACGCAAAUCUGGCAAUGUUUGGGUGUUUAAUACUUAUUUUAUCUGAAAUGAAAACAUAUCUAAAUCCAUGUAAUAAAGUCUAUUUGCUCAUAA